CAAUAAAUUGGCAACAUUACAUUCAUUCAAGAAAAUUGUCCGAUGAACGUAGUUUCGGGUACCUAUUUAUUAUUAACGGAUCAUUUUUACCCCCGACAAAACAGAGACAGUUGAAAUUAAUGCACCCAAAUAACUAUAACGCUUAUUACUAUAAUAAAUAUAACGCUUCAGCUGCAAAACUCGGUAACACAAUUUUUUCUAAGACUAUUUAAUACAAUCAGUUAAUCUUCGUUUUAGCAAUGCUAUAUCAUUUGUAGAUGAAAGCAGUCAGACAUGUGUCCCUGUACAUGGUUCAUGAGGGCUUCGACGAGCGCACCAACCGUGACGACAUCGCGCUGGCGCGCACGCAGGUGGAGCUGCCCUUGGGGACAACUGUCAAACGAGUCAUCAUAAAGAGGACAUUUCCGCGCGGGGCGCAGCUGCAGGUUGCUGGUUGGGGUCUAUUUGAUGAAGCCCGGUACCUGGAAACAAGCAGGCUGCAAUGGCUGCAGCAGUCGUUUAAGCCCAAGAGGGCUUGUAGGCAGUACGCACUCUCGCCUGGCAUGAUGUGCGUUGAGAACGACAUUAAUAAACGCCCAAGUCUUGGUGACUCCGGCUGCGGUUUGAUGGCCAACUUCGUCCAGCAGAUCGGUCUAGUGUCCUUUCGGCACAGCGGCCUCAAGCAGAUCGUCAUAUACAUGAACGUCUCCCACUACUACGACUGGAUACUAUGGGGCGCGAGGCAACUGAUUUGUACAAAAGUAUGAAGGAGAUCUAAAGAUGCGUCCAUAACUAGCGGUUGCGUCUCGAGUGCGCAAGCACGGUGUCUUCAGAUUGCGCGCUAAAUAAGAGAAACGAAAGCAAGUCUCUCAUAAAGUACGCAAUCUACAGCAAAAAGCGGCGCAUUCGCAAAAUUUGGACGCACUUUUUAAAGCGGAUGCCAUAAAUAUCGUAGGUUGA